GGUAUGUUGAAUAAACAAGUACAAAUACAUUUAGAUUCUUGUGAAGAUAUUCUUUCAACAGUAUUAGAAAGUUCACGCCGAAGUAGGAGUGGCAAUGAUGACAAUUGUAUUAAUCAAUAUGAUAUUAGAGAUUAUACUGAUACUUUUCCGUCAUGUGGAAUAAAUUGGCCAUAUGAACUAACAACAAUUAGAUCAUAUUUAAGAAGAACGGAUGUUGUUGGAGCAAUUCAUGCAGACUCCCAACAACUUGGAUGGGUUGAAUGUAAUGGGGGUGUUGGACGCAAACGUGUAACACAAUGA